AUGGAAUCUUUCUACAGAGUGCUAGGGGUCGAGGAAUCGGCGUCUACCGACGAGAUCAAGGACGCGUACAGGCGGCGAUUGCUUGCCUCGCACCCGGACAAGACGGGCACCGCGAUCGAGGGCGACGAGAUCGCCCGUAUCACUGCCGCGUACCGAACGCUCGUGGACACCGCCAAACGACACAUUUACGACCAGGACCGCAAAACAGAGCUGUCGCGACUCGGGAUUGCCAACGGCGGCGGCCUGGAGGUGUACUCGCUCGACGAGUUUGACAUGGACCCGCACAAAGACCUCUGGACGAAAAGCUGUCCGCGGUGCACCUCGCCGCACGGAUUCGAGCUCUCGGAAACAGACCUCGACAAGGGCACCUCCACCGGUCCUGGCAUGUACGAGCUGAUUGUCCAGUGCUCGAGCUGCAGUCUGUGGCUGAUUGUCAAGUACGAAGAGGCCCAGGACUGA